ACCCAUCAAACUUUUCGAGCUCUCUGCAUCGGUAACAACGAACAGAAUCGAUUUCUCCAAAGUUUUGAGUUUUGGGUCUCUUAUAAUUUGAUAAUUCUAAACAUACUAGCUCUGUAUUAUCUUCUUGAUUUAAUUUCUUAAUUUGUAUUUUGGGGUUCAAUGGAUUCUACAAUUAGAAUUGGGUCAUCAAUACUCUUGCCCAUUUCUUCUUCGUCUUCUUCUUCACCAAAAUCAUCAAAUAUACAGAGGAAUGAUAAGAUUGGAUAUGGGUUUCAAUUCAGUGGAAAUGGGUGCAUCACAAAAAUAUCUGCCAUCACUCCUAAUGGCUCUGUUUUUCCUUCUGCUUCUUCUCAUGGGGAGUCAAGUUCAAUGGGAGAUGUGCAUAGAAGAAGAAGCAGUCUUGAAUCUCUGUUUUGUUACGAUAAGCCUAUACCAGAGGAGAGAAUUGAGGAGCCCGUAGGUGUUUCGUUGGCUGCAAAAGUAAUUGGAGAUAAUCCUCGGUGCACUGAUUGCCAAGCCAAAGGCGCUGUUCUCUGCACCACAUGCUCUGGUUCUGGCUUAUAUGUUGACUCUAUAAUGGAAAGCCAGGGCAUCAUUGUCAAGGUCAGGUGCUUAGGUUGUGGUGGGACAGGGAACAUCAUGUGCUCAGAAUGUGGUGGCCUAGGUCAUCUUGGACCCAAGUAACUUUUGUGUUUUUCUUUCUCAGUGCAUUUUGUUGUACCCUUCUUUGAUGUUAGCACUUGCAGGUUGUCAUAGUUUUUGUAGUCAUGUAGCCUCGCAUUACUGUAUUAAAUUUUUGUGUAUUUGACUUCUUCAUUUCUCAAUGGCAUUCUUCGUCUAUAGUUUAUUCU